AGAGGUCCUCCAUUCAUCAUUGAUCCACUGCAGGACUGUGUUUCAGGGGGUGUGAAUUAUGGGCCCCUGCUGUCACUGUGCCUGCUCUACGUUGGACAUUUCACCUCGCCACUGUAAAUUCAAAAAGGGGAUUACGUUUUGCUGACUGCUGGUUUCAAGCCGUAGCUUGACCAAGUGCAGACAACUGGCCGGUCCCCCCUGGCAGAAGACUUAAUACAGUCCGCAAUUGCAGGAUCUGGGAUUUUGCAAGAGUCUGCUCUGAACAAGGCUGUCGGGAGAGAGAACGUAAUCUGGAUCAGAGAAAAUCCUAACAGGUUCCUGUUUACACCUUUAGACAACGGACUCUUUCUCUCCAGGGAAAAAAAAAACGUUUUGUAGUUGACUGGGCGUUUUGGACGCGCUCGGUAAACGGUGAUGCUACGGCGACGCGCAGGAACCGUAGAGGGAAGAGACAGGUGAGGUGCGGCUGAGGAGCUGCUGUUAUUUCAGAGAGGCUUUGGACACGGAGAGCCGUGGUAUCCAUCACCCUUUUCUCCACAGAGAGGAAGAAAAGCGACCGGAGAGGGCGAGUUGGCGACUGGCACCUGCCUCAGCCUCCCUAUACCUGGCCAUCUGGUGCGUGCAUGUGUGCUGCUGCCAUGGUGACCAUGGCUCCUCCCCUCACAUUUCUUCUACUGCUGCUUCAACUGGCUGAUGGCUCAUUCCCAGAGGAGCCCAGUCCACUCAGCUACGUCCCUGUAGAGGUGGUGAGGAGGUAUCCGGUGUUCCUGGGCAGAGCUCAUCGUUCAGCUCAGAGACAGGAGCUGCACAUCCAGACGGUCCUGCAAGUCAACCGCACGCUCUACAUUGGAGCCAGAGAUGAUUUGUACAGAGUGGAGCUGGAUAACAUGGCAGGUGAUGAGAUGUUCUACAGCAAGAAACGGACAUGGGAAUCCAAUAAGAACGACAUUCGAGUGUGCCGGAUGAAGGGCAAACACGAGGGAGAGUGUCGUAAUUUCAUCAAGGUUCUGCUCAGCCAGCAUGGUGGCCUGUUUGUAUGUGGAACAAACGCCUUCAACCCACUGUGUGCCAACUACACUAGAGACACUCUAGAAAUGGUGGGAGAGCCUGUCAGUGGGAUGGCACGGUGCCCAUAUGAUCCACGACAUGCCAAUGUGGCUUUAUUUGCAGAUGGAAGUCUCUUUACCGGUACUGUGACAGACUUCCUAGCCAUCGAUGCAGUGAUCUAUCGGAGCCUCGGCGACAGCCCCGCCCUCCGCACAGUCAAACACGAUUCCAAAUGGUUUAGAGAGCCUUAUUUUGUGAGUGCCAUGGAGUGGGGGCCUCAUAUUUAUUUCUUCUUCAGAGAGAUGGCCAUGGAGUUUCAUCACCUAGAGAAGGUGAUGGUGUCCCGUGUGGCUCGUGUGUGUAAGGCCGAUCUCGGUGGCUCUCAGCGUGUCCUCGAAAAACAGUGGACCACGUUUCUAAAGGCCCGGCUCAACUGCUCCGUCCCGGGAGACUCGCACUUCUACUUCAACCUCUUACACGCCACAAGUGGCAUUAUCCACAUGCAGGGACGAGAUGUCAUCCUCGGUCUCUUCUCCACGCCUCCCAACAGCAUCCCUGGGUCUGCGGUGUGUGUGUUUGAUAUGCAGCAGCUCGCUCAUGUCUUUGAGGGGCGAUUUAAAGAGCAGAAAUCCCCAGAGUCUAUCUGGACUCCUGUACCAGACGAAGCGGUGCCUAAACCGAGACCAGGGGGAUGUGCGGUGCAGGGAUCCAGAUUUAGCUCCUCUACCACGCUGCCAGACGAGGUGCUGAACUUUGUGAAGACCCACCCUCUGAUGGACGAGACCGUUCCACUGCUGGGGCAUAGACCCUGGGUGGUCAAGACUAUGGGACGGUACCAGCUGACAGCCAUGGUGGUAGACACAGAAGCUGGUCCCCAUAGGAACCGCACAGUCUUGUUCCUGGGCUCAACCAGAGGAACCAUCCUCAAAUUCCUAAUGGUUCCCAAUGGAGACUCUGUCUCCCACAGCAGUGUGUUUCUGGAGGAGGUGGAGGGAUUCAACCCAGAGAAGUGUGGUGAGGACUCCCCUCAGGCCCGUCAGCUCUUGUCUCUGUCGCUGGACCGGACCAGUCACACCCUGCUGCUGGCCUUCUCCUCCUGUCUGGUCCGAGUGCCCACAUCUCGCUGCCACCUGCACUCCCGCUGCAUGAAGAGCUGCCUAGCCUCCAGGGAUCCUUACUGUGGCUGGACCAGAGGCAGCACCUGCUCCUUCCUGAGACCAGGCACAAGGCUGCCUUUUCAACAAGAUGUGGAAUAUGGAAACACCACCUCCCAUCUAGGAGACUGUGACGGAAUUCUGCAGCAAAGUUUACUGAUUGAACCAGAGAGCCUCGUUUCCCUCAACUUGCUUGUGGCGUCAGCAGUCUCUGCGUUCACCAUCGGGGCGGCGCUCUCUGGCCUGGCCGUGUGCUGGAUCAUGGCCCACAAGCCUGCCAAUCGUCGCCACGGCAACACCUCCCAGUCCUCAAUCCAGCGACGUGAAAGAGGCUUGCUUAGUAACGGUGGCGGGAUGGGAGGCUCUGUGCUGAGUGUAACACGGCAGGGAGGUGGGGAGCGCCCCUGCUCUCAAGGCGGGGAAACCCUCUUUGUCAUGCCCAAUGGCUGGGUGAAGUCAGGAGAGCUCGACCCCGGUUUCCUCCCCACCCCAGAGCACACGCCCCAGCAGAAACGCAGAGGCCUGCGACUGUCUGACUCCAACUCUGGAGGGUGGGACACCAGCCAGACGUACCUGGGGGGAGGCUCUGUGGGUCUAGGUUCACCCUGCCGCAUGCCCCCCUCCGUCUACCUGACCACCCGACUGUUCCAGCAGGGGGGAGGUGGGAGACACGGUGGUGAGGGCAGAGGGAAUGACACGCCCCGCCAGCACUAUGUCUGCCUGAGCAAACAAGAAAAAGGAGGGAAAGGGACGCCCAAAGCCCCGUUCAGGAAGUCUGCAGGAGAAUAUGUUUACCCCAUGACCCCCCAGGACUCGCCUGAGCGUCGGAGGGUCGUCUCAGCACCCAGCGCCCCCAUGGAGUAUGGUGAACCGCUGCCAUUGCGCUGGCCAGCCCCAGAAGGAUACAUCCUCAGCAGCCAUGGCAUGGUCCCUGUCCCCCUGCCUCCCCCCUCCAUGGCCGCUCCCAGUAGCCAGGCGUAUGUGUCCCAGCAACAUACCCCAGGGCUGAGCAGGGCUCUGCUGAGAGGGGCCCUGGAGCGAGGGGAGCUGGGCGAGCUGGUGGAUCUCAGCCAACUGAUGAGUAAGAAGAACUGCAGUGAUAGGACUCAGGCCGGCCAGUGACUGUUGAGGAAAUGAAGGGGACGGGAGCAUUUCCAUGUCCGGAGCUCUCUGUUUUAUUUACAUAGAUCUUUCUUUCCUCCUCAUUCUGUCUAUCCCUCUCUCCCUUCCCUCUAUCUUCCGUUCUUUGUCAUUCAGCCCCUCUGAUCUCCUCUGUCGGUCUCUCAGGCACCCCCACCCCACCAUUUCACCCCAUGAUGAGUCUCCUCUUAUGACUGGCUGCUGGGUCUGCCACUCAUAUCCUGGCUCACACUAAUUGGUCAGAUGGACUGAGGUUGUUGCUGUGUCUGCAUUGCAGAGUUGCCUCUCUCUCUCCUGCUACUCGGCAGCAGCAGGAGGAGUGAGGAGAGAGGAUGGAGAGGAAAGAUAGAAAGCAGAAUGGGGGGCAAGAGAGGAUGUGGUCAAAGAUGGACAUGGCACUUAGGAGCUGCCUUCUCUUUGCAGAUUAACUGAGGCUGCAGGGCCAGUCAAGUUCUGCUACAGGAGUGGGAUGCGUUUCCCCUCUUGGAUAACAUUAACAAGACUGCCACCCAUCUGUUAUCCAUUAUAGUACCUGUUGGUCUGACUGCCAACCAGAUACUUGGAGUGAAAUUGUACAUUUUGAUCAUUUUAAAUGGAUGCCUUCCUGAAUACCUGAGGCUCUAGGCGACUCAUCAGACAAAAACUAAGGUCAUUUUGACUGUAAACGCAAAUCUAACAGAUGAUGAGGCGACACCAAUUCCCUCUGUCUGUUUCUUCUUCUCUUUCUUUCUCCUUGCUGCACACAUACAGCAGAUACAUACACGUAUUUGUACAGGUGAGUAUUUAGUAUUCCAGAGGGAAGACGUGUGUGCCAAAUGCCUCUAUCCUUUCUCAAAGGGAUGUGGGACAAUAACUCACGUCUUUGGAGAGCAGAGUGCAGGACCGAAAUGUCAGCACUAUUUCUGCCAACCGCAUGUUCUCUGUAAUGACGGCAUCUCAGCCGUCCAUCGCUCAAUUUGUUCUCCUCCCUGCACUCCAUGUACUCUUAAAGGACUCAUACUUCUACGAGGACGUCGGGAGCAGCAACACUAGACUGACAGAAAAGUAAGAGCAGGACAGACACACAGAAAGGAAGAAGGAGAGAGGUGUUUUCAGUAAAUGCACCGCAACGUAUGAACACCUUGUCCUUCACUGUCACCUUAAGGCUUUUCCACACAUAUACACACACUCAUUAAUGCUGCAUUGUAGAACACAGUCCGGUUUUAUUGGGCAAUAUUUCCCCUUAAGCCCACAGUGGGUCAAGGUCCCACAGACGUGAUACAGAAUAAAGUGACAGUUACAGUGGUGAUGAUGGAAACCUCUGGCUUAAUGCCGAGCCAAUAGAGGUAAUGGAAAUGUCCCCAACAGGUAAAUGGGACUAUAUAUUCAGCCCCUUGAAGUGUCCAGUUCCAGGGAGUGGUCAGCGUUUAGAUCAACACAACAUGGCUUGAGUGUGUUAGCGAUGAGAUGGAAGUCAUAAAAAAGAGACAAGAUGAAGAAGACAAAAGCAGAAACAAAAAGGCAAGUAGAUGAAAUAAUGAGGUGCAACAACAACAACAACAACAACAACCAUAGAACAUAAUGAGAAUGUGGUUUGUUGUAGCUGACCAGAUGAUUUUCAGUCUCGGUCCCAGUCAGAGCGAACGCUGGUUUGUGCUGACCUUGUAGUGAGCAGCAAUAUAUGGUCUAUCUGUACAUAGUAAACUUUAAUUUAGUUAAAAUGAUAAUGUAAGACAAACAGUAACUCCAAAAAAAUGAUAUCAGGCAUUAGCUUGCAAACAAAAAUAAACAUUUGCCAUGUCAUUAUAACGAUGUAAUGUAUGAAAAUCUGUUUUUCAUGUAAGUUUCAUAUCAACCUGCUCCGAGAUUGAAAUCGCAGACAAUGAUUAUUACCAGUCUGAUUUUUUUUUUUUUUUUUUAUACUACAUCUGUAUGCCAAACCCAACUUAUGAAUGAUUUACUGAUGCCUGAUUACUGAAGCAAAAAAACUGAGAGAGACUUGUUUUAAAGUGCCAUGAAGAAAACCAUGUCAGUCAGCAGUGCACCUGUUUCCUGUACUGUGGUGUCGGAGAACUCAAUUAUUGCAGUAUACUUGUGAUUUGUAUGCCUUUGACUUACAUGCUGAAUGUUUUUGUUUUUUCAUUUCGAUGUCGGCUUGUACUGUUGAAAUCAUUUCUUCAGCUCCCUCUUUCAGGUGCUGCUGAUGCCGAACGCUACCAACAGUGUUUGAGGGUCUGUUUAUAAACUACUUUGGCACAUGAUGCCAAACUUAUAUACUGUAAAUAUGUAAGAAUAAAUGCAGACACUUUGUCAUGCCCUUUAUGAUUAUACUGUAAUGUAUUCACUUAAACAAUGACAUGACCUGUGUUUAUUCCUGACUAGCUGAUAUGUAAUAAUAAUGUCUCUUAAGUAGUUCAUAAGCAAACCGUCAAAUGGACUGAAAUGCUGUGAGGGAACACUGUGUUUCUCAUUUCUGUCUUUGUCUGUAGUCUAGUGACUCUCUCUCUGUCAUUGCCAAACAACUGCCAUGCUGGGGGAUCUUGAAAAUACUUGUCAGCAUCCUGAGUGAAUGAAUGUACUCAUUCUUUUUUUGUUUGUUGGUUUGUUUAUUGUCAUUUUACUGUGCAGUAAUAAGGAAAAGCACAUUUUUGCAUUCUGAAAAGGAGCUGUCCUGUAUCAUUUGUUAAUAGUGUAAAUAAUCAUGCUGAUGGUAUAGUGUAUCAGUUUGGUUUUGGGAGGGGGGUUUCAUUCAAGCUCUUCUAAGACAGGAACGUGUUUAAAGUGUGGUUUUUUUUUCUUUCGGUGACGAUGCUGUGAAUAAGAUGUAUGUACAGUAUUUACGUGACUUUGGCUGACUGCUGAGUUCAGCUAUUUCCUUCCUGUUAUUAGAAUAGAGUCGCAGGCCUCAUCUCAGCCAGAAGUGAGCCAUCUCAUUUGACUGAUGCCUGCUGAGUUUUUGCAGUUGCUAAGAUACUGCUGUUAUAAUAACCAUCAAUCUUUGGAGUACUGCUAUUAAAUGGCAUUAUACAAUUGA